AUGUACGGUGUAACUGAUCGCGAAUUAAGCGUUGCGGUUGUUCGUGAAUUGAAGUUACCGAUAUCCGUUGAUGAGUUUGAGAUGCAGCUGUCUGAUUCAGCCAAAAAACUGUUGCCAAGUGCGCCGUUGAAAGAAGGGGCUGAACGACUCCUGAUCCAUCUCGGUAAUAACAACAUUCCCUUGGCUCUAGUUACCAACUCUACAGCACAUGCGGUACGAAUGCAUGCCACUGAAAGGCCUGAACUUUUUGGUUUAUUCCAUCAUAAGGUGAGCAUUACUGACUCAGAAGUCAAUCGAGGCAAGCCGCAUCCGGAUAUUUACGUGUUAGCUGCAUCCAAAUUUCCCGCUAAACCGCGACCCGAUAAGUGUCUCGUAUUUGAAGACUCGAGAGUUGGUGUAGAAGCGGCGGUCCGAGCGGGUAUGCAAGUGCGUACCAUGUAUGAUCUAUGUAUAUAA